AUGGAAUGGUCAAGAAAGAAAGAUAAUUUUUUAAAUAUUCUUGGUACUCGUCUUCGUAGUUUAAGUUCAAAUAGAAUUAAGAAUAAAAAAAGUUAUCUUUCAUUUGAUUCACAUAUACGAAUACCGAUUAUUCUUAAUAGAAUUAAUGUUACACAAGCAUCAACACAAACAUUACCAAUUAAUAUCAAUAAUAAUGCUGAAGAUUUGAAAUCAAAUGUUACUGUUCGUCAUAAAAAUCGUCGUCGAAAAUAUCAACAUCGUUUUAAUAAAUGUUUAGUUGAAUUACUUGAAAAAUAUCCUCCAAUACCUGCACAUGAAUAUUUGAAAGAGGAUAAAUCAAUAAAUGAUGAUUCAAAAAAAAGUUGUUAUUCAUCAAUUUCAAAUAGUUGUGAAAUAAAUUCAUCUGUAUGGUCAAAAUUAUUAGAGAGUCGAGAAGAUUUAUCAAAAUUAAAUAAAACUCUUGAAGAUUUAGAUCAACGAUUAAAACGUCUUUCAAUAAAUAUUUGUGUGAAAUGUAAAGAUAAAGAUUUUUGUUAA